AUGUAUCCCAAAAACGGAGGCGUCCGACGGGGCGUCGCGGCGCCUGGUGCUGUCGGGCCGGCUGCCGGCGGGGCUGGAGCGCCGCUUCCCGGCGCUGGAGGUGCUGGACGUGAGCGGCGCGGGCCUGGUGUCGCUGGGCGCGGAGCUGCUGUCGCUGGGCCGCCUCCACACGCUGCUGGCCAAGAACAACCGGCUGGGCGCGGAGGGCUCGCUGCCCAAAGGCCUGGCCGCCUCCCCCGUCGGCCGCUCGCUCCGCGUCCUCAACCUCAGCGGCAACCGCUUCGCCCACCUGCCCGGCGCCCUCCUCGGCCUGCGCGGCCUCCAGAGCUCUCGCCAGUAGCCUGGCGGCAACUGCCUAUCGCCAUCCCCUGCUGCCAUCCAGGAGAGCUCAGCAGUUUAGAGUUUUUGUAUCUCGGAGGGAAUUUCAUUACUUCAAUCCCGCCAGAACUGGCAAACCUGCCUUCGCUAAGCUAUCUAGUGCUGUGUGAUAACAAGAUUCAGAGUAUUCCUCCUCAGUUGGCCCAAUUGCCCUCCCUGCGUUCUCUUAGCCUACACAACAACUUGUUGACCUACCUUCCGCGAGAGAUCCUCAAUCUCGUUCACCUCGAAGAACUGAGCUUGCGUGGGAAUCCUUUGGUUGUGCGAUUUGUCCGUGACUUGACGUAUAACCCUCCCAGUCUCCGGGAACUGGCUAGCCGAACCAUUAAGAUCCGCAACGUUCCCUACGUGUCUGGUGACCUCCCCGAGAAUCUCCUCCGGUACUUAGAUCUGGCCAGCAAUUGCCCCAACCCCAAAUGUGGAGGAGUCUACUUCGACAGCUGCGUCCGACAGAUCAAGUUUGUCGACUUUUGUGGGAAGUACCGCCUUCCGCUGAUGCACUACCUGUGUUCCCCAGAGUGCUCUUCCCCCUACAGCUCUGCUUCCCAGAGUGAGUCUGACUCGGAAGAUGAAGCGAUUGUCGCUGCACGCCGCAUGCAGAAGGUUCUGCUGGGGUGAAAGGGGACAGGAGAAACUCAGAAGGGAUUAAUGUGUGUGUGGAAGAACAGCUGUAGGAAGACCUUUUCCAAGAAGCACUGCGAAAAAUUAAGUCAACCUGCUCCCGUUUUUGUCACUUAUGGAAAGAGCAUCUUGGUUCCGGCGCUGUGCUCCUGAGGAUGCCCAAGUCACUGUCUGUUUUUCCGGGUGAAAGAAGGGAGCUGGCAUAGGAGCCAUCUGUGAAGGAUGACCCUUUAUUGGAGACCUUAUUGAAAGGGUGCUUUUAAGCCCUUCACUACUGUGACUGAUAUGAAGAGGACUAUUUUGAGCCAUGUCACUGUGAUAAAAUAGUGGGGUGGGAAUCCCCCAGGGGUUAUAAUAAUUAGCAAUCGUACUUGAACGCUUGUUUCUCUCCCUGGAAGCACUUAGUCAUUUUAGCCACAUUCCUCCAGAAAUAUAUGAAUUUUGCGGUUUACUUUGUCCAGAGUUUACUUUGGACUCUAAGGAGCCCCUUGGCACAGAGUCGUAAGCUGCCAUACUGCAGUCAAAGCUCUGCUCGUGGCCUGGGUUUGAUCCCAACAAAAGUCAGCUUCUUAGGUAGCUGGUUCAAGGUUGCCUUAGCCUUCCAUCCUUCCAAGGUAGGCAGAAUGAAAGCCCAGCUUGCUGGAGAUAAAGUGCGGAAGGCAAAGUGGGGAAGGCACCCAGAAAACAGCCUACCUAGUAAACAUUGUGAUGUGAAAUUACCCCAGGGGUCUAUAAUGACCAGGUGCUUGUCCAGGGGACUACAUUUACCUUUUACUUUUGGACCUUGCUAUCUAUGACCAGUGUUCAGUUCUAGAGGGAGAGAGACCUGCGCCUUCCUUUUUUAUAUAAAGCUUUGGGAAUAUUGUUGGUGCCUUUGCUCAGCUUUGCUUAUCUCUUCAUUAGAGCUGCGGCAUCAGCAGUUGUGACACGUGCCUCGAAGAACUUUUCUUCACUCUCGUUUCAACUACAUCUUAAGUUGCUGGGGUGAAAAUUCUCAUUAAUUGGUGAACUGCUAAAUGUAUUGGGACUACACUUUAAACUAAUUUGCAAUCAAGUGCCAUUAUUUUUACAAGCUUCCAUUCUAUAGUUUUGUCAAAGAACAUAAUUCCCUGCCUGGAAAAGUAGCAGUCAGCCCCAAAGAUUUCUUAAUACCUACCCCCAUAUCCAGUGGUGGGAUUCAAAUAAUUUAACAACCGGUUCCAGUAGUGGGGUUCAAAUAAUUUAACAACCGGUUGUUUACAAGCACCACUUUAACAACCGGUUCUGCCGAAGUGGUGCGAACCGGCUGAAUCCCACCGUUGCCCAUAUCAUUGCGAUCUGUACCACAACUGCCAUCUCUCUCACUCGUUCCACUCUCAGAUCGUUCCCGUCAUAUGUUGUGCUGUCUCUUUUUCCUGCAGGGCAUGGAUUUGCUUUGCAAACCUCUUCCAUGCUCCUGUAGAAAUGAGCCUUUCAUCUACACCUUUGCUGCUUCUCUGUAUCAGAGUGGCUCAAGCGUGGUUCUUCGCCUCCAUAGACGAUCAAAGCGCUAGAAGGUCACAAAAGUUGAAUGUUUGCUAGGAGUGCCAUGGGCCCGAUCUAAUACGAGCCAGUGAUCUUUUGGCAACAAUUUUUCUAGGUGGGUGUGAAUAUGCCGAGGACAGUCUUGGUAAUUUUCGUUCAAAUUACAAAACACUGUUGGAUGGCUGAGAAUCCAUGAAGCAGAAACCCUGCCGUGAGGAAAGGCAGUUGGAUCUCCUCCAGAAACAGGGCGGGCAAAUUCAUAGGGAGAAGACAGGAAAGUGUCUUACGCAGAAGGAACUAACCUUGCUGCUGCUUCCCUAUUUGACCGAAUCCCAAGAGGGACCCCUAGAAGCUGGAAGUGCUAGCUUCUGCCAACGCACAAGUGCUAGCUUCCGGCAGCGCACAAAACACAAACUUUUGCAAAUGCACUUUCAGGUUAAAAGACUACAUUGCGGCUUGUGCUUCCUAAAAUUUAGCUCCGACAAUUGAAGCUAUAAAUGAACUCCCGGUAUCUUGCCGUGACUCUCAUGGAACGGAGUCUUGAUUUGAGACUGAAAGCAGGUCUCAAAGCUAGGCAGUAGCUGAUGCUUCAGAUUGCAACCCGAAGGCAUGCUUGCAAGCAGAUUAGUGCCAUUUAACCCAGUGGGAUUUACUUCUGAGUAUACGUACUUAGGAUGGCACUGUCUUAUUUGCUUUUUCUAGUAGCUUUUUGAUUGCUGGUCAAUAACGAAAGGUUUUUGUAUUUUGGAAGCAUCAAUUAUAGCUAGUUAAGGAGCCAGAGAAACCCAGAACAGGGUUGCUGGUGUAUUUCCUGGUCGAGGGAGAGAGACGGAACAGCAAGAAAUCUUAAUAUGAAAGAUUUCCGUGAUUCCUGUGUAAAAUCUAGUUAAGUAGCAUAUCCUGCAAUAAAGAAAUAGCAUAAAAUUCGGAACUAAGCGUGAAAACUUCCCUUGCAACUCUUGAUGUGUCCUGGGGUGACUCUAAUCCAAACCGCUGUCUUUUCUUUGGCUUUGCUGUCUGUGGGUAUUUUAAGGUUUCAUCAAAACAAGUUUCUGCAGAUACGAAGACCCUUAUUUUUAUCUCCGAUGCAUUUAAGGGCGGCAAAUGUAGAUGCUCUUUGCGAAUGAAAUAACGCUGUUUCCCCACUGUGUUCUUCAUUCCAUCCCUUUAGCUAAGAACAGUGGAAGGGUCUCUCUCAAUGUGAGCCCACUGUGUUAAAAUCCGUAGGGAACGUUUUUAAGGAGCAGAAUAGCUGCUUGACUGGGCACGGUUUAUACAGCUUCCAAUCUUUACAUGCUUCUCCACGUUCAGGAUUUACGGAUCUUGCUGAGUUCUUUAAUACGCCCCUGAAGUACUCCUGUGGUCUUUCUCACACGUCUCUCGACGACCUUUCUGAUCCUAUCUUUGAAGCUUGGCAAGACGGGGAUCUCGGCCCUUUUUCAUUUAUAUUCCAGUUAGCGGCAGGGAAGGGGGAGGAAUUUUAACCCAGUGGGCAGAAUGAAACUAUCCUUACAGCGCUUCUUUGUUGUUGAUUUCAAAGAGUCCUUUAAUGCAUCUUAAUUGCUCUGGGGAGAUGGGUUUUUCUUCCACUUGAAUACUCUCGGAGUGCUCGGGAAUUAUUCUUGUGCUUCAGCAUGCUGCAGUCGCAAACUUUCCAAUCAGCCUGGCGCUUGCCUGCCCUACUUGAUUGCGCUGGGAACUCUGGGAGAGCGGCGUGUAAUCACGGGCUCUGCUUCUGGUCUACCGACGUGCCUUAAGUUUUUUAAUCUUAAUAUUUUGGCAGAGGUGUAUAGAGCAUUCCUAACAGUAUUUCAUUGUGAAUUGUAAGCUGCUUUUGAACACUAAACCAAAAAAAAAAAGACUUAAA